GGAGAGCUUACCAGGCACCUGCCUGCCUGCCUGCCCACUACUUAAGGCUGCGUAGGAAUGUGAUCGCUUUUCUCCAAGACGCGAAGACGUCGACGACGAGGAGGAGGAGGAGGUGGUGGUGGGCAGAGCGCAGGUCGGAUAUCGUCGCCCGGACCGAGCGGAGUCGACGUGGGCCAUCUGGGACCUCGCUCAGCCAUGCCUCGAUCCUUCCUCGUUAAGACGCACGGCUCGGUGAAUCGCAGACCCAACUACGGACUCCUGAGCGCCAGAUCCGUGGUCAUCUCGCCCUUCUUCUCCGACCAUGCCUUCAUCGCUCGGCCCGAGGUGCUGAGCGCCAGCGCUCACGCGCCUGCGGGGGCCGCCCUCGAGGCCGCGGCGGGGGCCUCCCCACGGGUCACGUGGCGCCGCCGCGAGGCCAUCCGUGGAGGAGGGGCAGGGGGGGGCAGGCGACGUGGGGCAGCGAGACGGCGAGGAGGAGGAGGAGGUGGGAAAGGAGGAGAAUUUGGAACACGACUUCUGGUCGUUGUGUCGACGUCACCAGUUGGAGUUCCACCGCCGCCACAGCAACCACCACCACAACCACCACAACCACCACCACCACCACCAAACGCUGCUGGAUACCGGCUUCGCAAGCACACGCACCACGGAGGCAGCAGCAGCAGCAGCAGCAGCAGCAAGCGCCCGCGUGUUGAUGGUGGUGUUGAUGGUGGUGAUGGUGGUGGUGAUGGUGGUGAUGGUGGUGGUGAUGACGGCGGUGCUGAUGGUACUGUAGCCGGCUACGGCAUUCACAACGAUACCAGUAAUGGUUGUGACUACAUUGACCAUCACGAGGUGGAGGAGGAGGAGGAGGAGGAUGUUGACUAUGAUGAUGAUGACGUUGGUGAUGGUGAGGAUGAUGAGGAUGACGAGGAGUCUCUCUGGAGGAGGCACCACGUGGCGAGUCCUGACGGCAGCGUCGCGUGCUGCAUCAUCCAGAGCGCGAGACGAGACGUCAACAACAACAACGCCAUCAUCAUCAACAACAACAGCAACAGCAGCAGCAUCACCAACAUGAAGAAGGACACGUCUAGAAUCCGAUCGCGGCUAACGGCACCGACUGAGACGUCGCUGUCGCUUUGCGGUGAAGAUGGCCCGGAGACGGAGCAGCAGAACGAUGGUGGGGGUGGUGAUGGUGGGGGUGGUGAUGGUGAUGGCGGGGGUGGUGAUGGCGGGGGUGGUGAUGGCGGCAGUGGAGUCAACGGACCCGCGGAAUGCCCCGUGUCCGACGUCCAACCGAGGGUCCAGUGCACAAGGUGCGGGGACUCGUUCCUGUCCGCGUCCGCCCUGGCGAGGCACGGGCGAUGCCCUCCGGUCGCAGGCUCCACAUCGGCCUCGCUCCAUCGUCAAGCCUCGCCGCAUCUGCAACCACCACCACCACCAGCACCACCAGCACCACCAGCAGCAGCAGCAGCAGCACCACCACCGCCACCACCGCUACCACCGCUACCACCGCCACCGCCAUCGGCGUCGUCUUCAUCGUUGACGACUCGCAAGGCGUUCACUUGCAAGUUCUGCGCCAAGGAAUACGUGAGCCUGGGAGCCCUCAAGAUGCACAUCCGCACACACACGCUGCCGUGCGUGUGUAAGAUCUGUGGCAAGGCGUUCUCCCGGCCCUGGCUGCUGCAGGGGCACGUGCGUACCCACACUGGCGAGAAGCCCUUCUCGUGCCCGCACUGCAACCGCGCGUUCGCCGACCGCUCGAACCUGCGAGCUCACCUGCAGACGCACUCGGAGGUGAAGAAGUACCACUGCCUGCGCUGCGCCAAGACCUUCUCGCGCAUGUCGCUGCUCAACAAGCACGAGGAAGGCACCUGCGCCUCCUCCUCCUCCUCCUCCUCGUCCUCCUCCUCCUCCUCCUCCUCCUCGCACUGACACGCACAGGCAGGCGCAGCCCGUGAGCGCAACGGCGGGGCGGGCGGGCGGACGUCGCUCGAACACGUAGACUCGAGGGCGUGUGUUUGAAGUUCCUCGCACAAACGCACCGGCAGGUGUGUGUGUGUGUGUGUGCGCGCACAAACGCACUGGCAGGUGUGUGUGUGUGCGCACAAACGCACCGACAGGUUAUUGUGCACAAACGCACCGGCAGGUUAUUGUGCACAAACGCACCGGCAGGUUAUUGUGCACAAACGCACCGACAGGUUAUUGUGCACAAACGCACCGACAGGUUAUUGUGCACAAACGCACCGACAGGUUAUUGUGCACAAACGCACCGACAGGUUAUUGUGCACAAACGCACCGACAGGUUAUUGUGCACAAACGCACCGGCAGGUUAUUGUGCACAAACGCACCGGCAGGUUAUUGUGCACAAACGCACCGGCAGGUUAUUGUGCACAAACGCACCGACAGGUUAUUGUGCACAAACGCACCGACAGGUUAUUGUGCACAAACGCACCGGCAGGUUAUUGUGCACAAACGCACCGGCAGGUUAUUGUGCACAAACGCACCGACAGGUUAUUGUGCACAAACGCACCGACAGGUUAUUGUGCACAAACGCACCGGCAGGUUAUUGUGCACAAACGCACCGGCAGGUUAUUGUGCACAAACGCACCGACAGGUUAUUGUGCACAAACGCACCGGCAGGUUAUUGUGCACAAACGCACCGGCAGGUUAUUGUGCACAAACGCACCGGCAGGUUAUUGUGCACAAACGCACCGACAGGUUAUUGUGCACAAACGCACCGGCAGGUUAUUGUGCACAAACGCACCGACAGGUUAUUGUGCACAAACGCACCGGCAGGUUAUUGUGCACAAACGCACCGACAGGUUAUUGUGCACAAACGGAACCGGCAGGUUAUUGUGCACAAACGCACCGGCAGGUUAUUGUGCACAAACGCACCGGCAGGUUAUUGUGCACAAACGCACCGGCAGGUUAUUGUGCACAAACGCACCGACCGGUUAUUGUGCACAAACGCACCGGCAGGUUAUUGUGCACAAACGCACCGACAGGUGCGUGCGUGUGUGCGCGCGCACAAACGCACUGGCAGGCGAGCGGCCAAGCAGGUGUUUGUUGCGCUAAGAACAAAAAAAAAGGGGCAAGUUUCGGCUCGCAGCACAAACGCCCUGGCAAGGUGCGUGUGUGUGUGUGUGUGCGUGCGUGCACAAACGCACUGGCAGGCACUCGCUCUCCCACGCACACACGGGCGAAGUGGAGGUGCGAUUAGAGGAGAGUUUGAAUCUGUUGCAUGCACAGAUCGGCGCACACACGCGCACACUCCCACGCGUACAGACCAGCAGACUAUUGCACAAACGCACAGGCAGCUGCUUGCAGAUGACACACACACACACACGCACACACGCACACACGCACACACGCGCGUGCCUUAGAAAGUAUUGAUGAUGGAUUUGCGAAGAGCAUUGCACUGCGUAUACAUCCACACACGCACACAGACCCAAGAUGUAUUAACCCCAGGGUAACCUAGCCUGGCACAGCAGUAUUAUAAUAUCUACUUGUAAGUGACCCACGAUUGUUAUUCGUGGUAGAAUCUAUUUUUUU